GCGGCGAUCUGCAAAUAGUGGCGGCGCCACCCAAGACCGUGGAGGCGCAGUACGUAGAAAUGAUGGUCCCAUUGUAUUCCUACGGCUGCCGGAAAAAGAUCCAAAAGGCUCUCUCCCAUCUCAAAGGAAUAUAUUCUGUGAACGUUAAGUUCCCACAACAAAAGGUAACGGUGUGGGGAAUAUGUGAUAAGCACGAUGUGCUCUCAAUAGUAAAGAAGGAGAGGAAAGGUGCACGAUUUUGGAAUCCGGAGAUCGAUGAUCAGAUGGCAAUCGAUGGUCAAGAUCGCUCGCCGUCGCACUCUGCGCCGCCGUCGCCGAGCAAUGGGGGCGGCGCUGACUCCACGCGCCGCCGUGGGUAUUUGACGGAUGUGAUUAAGAAGCAAGGGUCGGCUCUGAGAUUAAAUUUGUCUUUAAUUAAAAUCAAGUCUUUGAAUUGGCAUAAAUCCGUACUUGAUAAAGCAUUUUCACGAUCAUUCUCAUUUUGAAUUUUUAUGGUAAUGAUAAUUUCUUAAAUUUAUAUUGUUAGCUUCAA